AUGGCUGAACUCAUCUCGUUGGGGGACCUUCCUCACGGGUAUGACAGUAUCGUCCAUCACGACACUGUGCUGUUCUCAACAUUUGCUGAGUUGAUAGCCAACUUGUUCUCCCGCAGCAACAGCGAGGCAGACACCAACCAUCCGUUGGUGGUGAUCAUAGACGAGCCAGAGCACCCAUCGCAAGAUCUGUUGCAAACCUUGUCGUUCAACGCCAAAGUGUUGCUUCUCAAGUACUUCUUCGGCCACUUGAACACCAUCAUCAUCAAGCCGUCACAAGUCAGCGACCCAGCCUUGGUCGCCCAGCUCAACGAUGCCAUCACCAGAGUCAACGAACUCAUCGGAGACAGAAUCUCGCGGAUCCAAACUUGGACAGGCACAGGCGAUUCCAAAAUCAACGAAUUCCACUUCUUCAAGCAAACCUACGAGGCUGCCCGUUUUGACAUUAAUGAGGUCAUCUGCACCAUGUCCUACACUUUGAACAACCAUGCAAAUAAGUCACACGUGUGCACCGACCACAUCAUACAAUUAAAGGACUUGAUCCUCAAGGAAAUUGAUUUCAGAUCCUUAUUGUCCCAGAACUCGCCACAGCAUUUAUCAAAAUUGUGCCACUUGGUAGGCCACUGGUCUUUCCCCGCCCACGAGUUGACAAACGAUGACUUGGUCUACUGUGUCUACAUCAUGAUUCAAUACGCUUUGAAGCAAGUGGAGAAGAUCAUCGAGUCUUCCAGUUGUUCUUCAUUGAAGGAUUUCCACGUACCUUCACCAAACGAAUUAUUGGGAUUCGUUUUCAUGGUGAGGGACACUUAUAGAAGUGGGAACCCCUUCCAUAAUUUCCGUCAUGCUGUGGACGUUAUGCAAGCAUGCUUCCAUUUCUUGAUCCGCUUAAACUGCUUGCCACCAUUUAAGCAACUUGAAAUCAAUCCAAAGGCUGACGAAUUGGUCUACAUCGAUAUCGAAGAACGGAAGUUAGAUAUAAAUGAAGAAUUAAUCCCAUUAUUUGGCUACAGAGGGCCUAGUGCAUCGUCAUCAUCGUCAUCAAACUCAUCAAACUCAACUCUAGCAUCUACAAACACUCCCCGCUUGAAUCCCUUGCAAACACUUGGAAUAGUGGUUGCGGCUUUGGGUCACGAUGUGGGCCAUCCAGGUCUUACAAACGCUUUCAUGAUCAAGCACGAAGCACCAACAUCGCUCAUAUUCAACGAGCGUUCCGUCUUGGAGCUGUUCCAUUCAUCUGUAUUCAUCAACAAAAUUCUUGUUGUCAACUGGCCCUCUUUAUUGAAAGUUCACACCGAGGGUGAGAACGAGGAGCCAUUUUUGAUAAAGGACCUUAUUGUUUCCAGUAUAUUGGCCACUGAUAUGGCCGAGCAUUUCGAGUAUAUCCACAAGUUGAACGGGUUGAAAGGAGACGCUCCACAUGAUAACAGGAUGGUCAAAUUGAUCUCUUCACUCUUGAUCAAAUGUGCCGAUAUUUCCAACGUGGCCAGACCUUUGAGGGUUUCCUCGCAGUGGGCCUUGGUGUUGGGACGUGAGUUUGAGGAGGUCGCUUCGUUGGAGCGUCGGAUCAACCUAGGUGCCACUUCACUGGAGGACGUCAGCUACACCAGAGUACCGGUGCAGUUUGAACAGGUGUUGAAGCAGGCACCCGAGCUUCACAAGGGGCAGAUUUUCUUUAUCAACACGUUUGCUGAGAACUUGUUCAACAAUAUUGCCGAGCUCUUGCCUGAGUUGAAGUUUGCGUGUGGCAUCAUUAAGGAGAACAAGGAGUUCUGGUUGGGAAGGGCCCAAUAG